AUGGCUCUGAGUGGGAACUGUAAUCGUUACUAUCCUCGGGAUCAAGGGGCUGCGGUUCCCAACUCCUUCCCCGAAGUCAUAGAGCUGAACGUUGGGGGCCAGGUUUACUUCACCCGCCAUUCCACAUUAAUAAGCAUCCCCCAUUCCCUCUUGUGGAAAAUGUUUUCCCCAAAGAGAGACAACGCUAACGAUCUAGCCAAGGAUUCCAAGGGAAGGUUUUUCAUCGACAGAGAUGGCUUCCUGUUCCGUUAUAUUCUGGACUAUCUCAGGGACAGGCAGGUCGUCCUGCCUGACCACUUUCCAGAAAGGGGAAGGUUGAAAAGAGAGGCUGAAUAUUUCCAGCUACCCGACCUGGUCAAGCUCCUGGCCCCCGAGGAAGUCAAGCAAAGCCCAGAUGAGUUCUGCCACAGCGAUUUUGAGGAUGGCUCCCAAGGAAGCGACACAAGAAUCUGCCCCCCCUCUUCGCUGCUCCCUCAUGACCGCAAGUGGGGUUUUAUUACUGUGGGUUACAGGGGAUCCUGUACCUUGGGCAGAGAGGGGCAAGCAGAUGCCAAGUUUCGAAGAGUUCCCCGGAUUUUAGUUUGCGGAAGGAUUUCAUUGGCAAAGGAAGUCUUUGGAGAAACUCUGAAUGAAAGCAGAGACCCAGACCGAGCCCCAGAAAGAUACACCUCCAGAUUUUAUCUCAAGUUCAAACAUCUGGAAAGAGCUUUUGAUAUGUUGUCAGAGUGUGGAUUCCACAUGGUGGCCUGUAACUCCUCGGUGACAGCGUCUUUUGUCAACCAGUAUACAGAGGACAAGAUCUGGUCGAGCUAUACCGAAUACGUAUUCUAUCGUGAGCCUUCCAGGUGGUCCUCCUCUCAUUGUGAUUGCUGCUGCAAGAACGGCAAGGGAGACAAAGGGGAGAGCGGCACCUCCUGCAAUGACCUCUCCACUUCCAGCUGCGACAGCCAGUCAGAGGCCAGCUCUCCCCAGGAGACGGUGAUCUGCGGUCCUGUAACGCGCCAGAGCAACAUCCAGACCCUGGACCGGCCCAUUAAGAAGGGCCCCGUGCAGCUGAUCCAGCAGUCAGAGAUGAGGCGGAAAAGUGACCUGCUCAGGACUCUGACGUCAGGCUCCAGGGAGUCGAACAUAAGCAGCAAAAAGAAAGCUGCGAAGGAAAAGCUCUCCAUCGAGGAAGAGCUGGAGAAGUGCAUCCAGGAUUUCCUGAAGAUAAAGAUUCCGGAUCGCUUCCCCGAGAGGAAACAUCCUUGGCAGUCUGAACUUUUACGGAAGUAUCAUCUAUAGGGGAGGGCUGCGGGUAGUCGCCACUCUGAAAUAAACCUCCCCAAAGGAGCACCUAUGUUAAAGGAAAAGUAUCAACUAACGAUCCACAUUUGUUAGAACACAAUAGUCCGUUGAUGUACUACUGCCUACUUUAACUAGCUCACCUUAAUGUGUAAAUCCACAGGGUAGAUUCCUUUUCAGACGUGGAACCAGAAGCGAGCUCCUGUGUUGUCCUUUGUCUUUUAUUGACUUGAUCCCAUGUGCUGGGAAUCU